UCACACAAAGGCAGAUGAUGUUUUGCAGUGAGCUGCGGGUUCGCUGAUUAAACAGGAGGGCAGGCGGAGGGAGAGGGACUCGGAGGGGCAGGAGGACAUGGCGCCGUGGCUUUGGUGACAAAGGAACUUUAAGGACGCGCGUUUUGUUUUGCUCUGGGACCAAAAAAUUCUGCUGCUCAAAUAAAUUCAAUGUUCUGCUGGACGGAGGCCCGGCUCGAGAAUGUCACAUUACACCGACGAGCCUCGCUUCACCAUCGAGCAGAUCGAUUUGCUGCAGCGGCUGCGUGGGAGCGGCAUGACCAAGCAGGAGAUCCUGCAAGCGCUGGACACAUUGGAGCGCCUGGAGCGCGAGCACGUGCAGAAGUUCGGCCCGCGCAACUCCUACACAGGAGGGACGAGUGCGGGAGGAGUAGCAGGAGGAGUCAACAGCCAUAGCAGCUCAAAUUCUGCCGCUUUGUCCAGCACCGCUCCUACCUCGUCCUCAUCCACCUCUGUGGCCACUCAGACCGUUUUCCAAGGCAGCACUCCGUCCCCAUCUCCAAACAGCUACGAUACCUCUCCGCCCCCCACUAUUACUGUGCCCUUGGGCAUAGUAACGGCAGCGGCUCAGAACGGGCGCGACAGCUUGGCACCUGUCAGCAAUGGGAAGCUUUCGCCUCCCCAGUACCCUGUACACGCUCGGGCCUUCGGCUUCGAAUCCACUGAGGAGGAAGUGGACAUUGAUGACCGGGUGGAGGAGCUCAUGAGGAAGGACAGCAAUAUAAUUAAAGAGGAGAUCAAGGCCUUCCUAGGAAGCCGGAGAAUUUCACAAGCCGUUGUUGCUCAAGUCACAGGCAUCAGUCAGAGUCGGAUCUCCCACUGGCUCCUGCAGCAGGGUUCUGAUCUGAGCGAGCAGAAGAAGAGAGCCUUCUACAGGUGGUACCAGUUGGAGAAGACCACACCUGGUGCCACUCUGGCAAUGAGACCCGCCCCCAUGGCGCUGGAGGACAUUGUAGAGUGGCACCAGAGCGCUCCACCCAUCAACUGCAGCCCCGGGAGCUUCCGCCUGCGCCGCGGCAGCCGCUUCACCUGGAGGAAGGAGUGUCUUGCAGUCAUGGAGAGUUACUUUAACGACAACCAGUAUCCUGAUGAGGCCAAACGCGAGGAAAUUGCCAAUGCCUGCAAUGCUGUGAUACAGAAGCCAGGAAAGAAGCUUUCUGAUCUGGAGCGGGUCACAUCUCUUAAAGUGUACAACUGGUUUGCUAACCGGCGAAAGGAGAUUAAGAGACGAGCCAGUAUAGGUGUGUUAUUUUCCGAAGAAGCAGCAAUCCUAGAGACUCAUGGGAUCGAUGCGCAGAGUCCAGGCGGUCAUUCCAACAGUGACGACAUCGACGGCAACGACUUCAGCGAGCCGGGCACCGAACCGGGGUUAGGGACGGACGAGAGCGCGGGACCGGGUGAGCACCAGGACCCCAUCAGCCUGGCGGUGGAGAUGGCGGCAGUCAAUCAUUCCAUCCUGGCGCUGUCGCAGCAGGGCAGGGGCGGCAACGACGUCAAGGCAGAGGUGCUCGAGGACGUCUGAGGACACUUCCAUCAACAAACACGACUCUCUUACUCUCACACAUACACACAUUGUAUCUGCCAAGGGAGGAGACGGCGUUGCGGUCAGGAGGGAGUGAGUUUUAGACUUGGUAAUUUUUUACCACAAAAACAAACUCCUGCAUCUCGGAGCAGUUCACGCAUUUUAAUAACUGGCUAAGUUCAAAUUGAAUGGAAAUAAUAAGAAUUUAAUUAUUUUAGUUUUAACACCUAAGCUCAGUUCAGUCCUCCUCUUCUUUAACCUCCCUAUGAGAAACUAACACUCUUUUAUUGAAUGCCCAUUAUGCUAGUUUAAUUCCUCAGGCCUUCGUAAAACAAAAAAGUGAUUAAUUUGGAAAAAGGGAAAAUGUUGUCACACGACUAAAGGUGAAGAGGAAUCAGUUAAUCUCACGUAAGCCCAAUCUCUAAACAGAGAUUCUUAUGUGAAAAUGCACUUUUAGGAGAAUCUGGUCAUUAAAAUUACAAAAAAAGAGAGAUGUCUUUUUUAAGUAUCUUUUAACUGUUCUCUAAAUAGAGCAGUUUGUCUUGUUUAGCGCCCUCUGCUGCCUGUAAAGUAAAUUACAGUUACAGUGAAAACACUGACCCAUUUUCCAUAUGUUGACUCCGCCCCUUUACUGACACCUUUUAAUGAAAAAGUACAGUUUUACCCAGGUGGUAACUCCCACUUCUUACAGCCAGUGUUAAGAUUUUUAAUUAAAAAGAGGGAUACAUAUCUCUCUGUGUAAAUAAAGCACUGACGUUCCUCACCUCCUGACCUGACGUAGUAGCCUCCUGCCGUCUAGCUACCUGUAAAGCCGAGUCUCCUCAGUAGUGAGAUCUGGUCCUAAAAACACAUGAGCCAUAGCAAUGAUCAUGUGCUUCAUCUUCCUCCUCCUCAUCACUCACCCAGAGCCUGCUACAUGUCUUUAGGCUUCUUUAAAAGCAAUGGGACAAAUGCUGUUAACAUACCAUGUGUAACCUCAUAGUUUUGUGCAUCAGGAUGCUGUACUGAGCGACAUACGAGUGUCGGCUUUAACACCCAGGCCCUGAUUUACCGAGAAUAACGCACCCAAAAAGUUGGUGUCGUUUAGUGGAAGAAAAUGAAAGGUAAAUUACAUUUCAGUAUCUCAGAUUAAAAACUACAAAAUAUAAACACAUUUGGAGAUUCUAGAUAAACCUUUUUGUACAGUCUAAAUUGACCUUCAUCUGUCUAAUGGAAUUCUGAAAUUUAAUAGAUGCUGUCCAGUUUUGGUAAAUUGCAGAUAAGAGUCUCUCUACCACUCCUGAAGUGGCUUUUAGGUUGAAUGAUUACACUAAUAUCUAAAUCAUUCUGUUUGCAAUGAGUCUGCUUUGCACACUUAUAUAGACCCGCCCCAAAAAAUCAAGGGUAAUAAGUCAGGCAUGCACAAACAGACAAAACAUGCAAAUGUUUAUUUAACAUUUAAGGCACAGGAAGUCAGUCCACUUUUUUCAAUUAAGUUUUGAAGAAUUGAAGUCAAAACAUUUUAUCCAAAUUAUUACUGGACAUCAAAGAACUGCAAUGAAAUUGAAUCCUAAAAAGAAAACGUUUGGCCAAAUCAGCAUUCUUGGCUGAUCUAGGGAUUAGUGUUUAAGAGGAAUUUCAGUUGUAAAACUGAGUCACAAAUAAGCUUUCACUUUUGAACAAGACUGAAAGAACACAAACUUUCCCAAAGUUGAAAUAAUUUCAGUUCUGCUGUUUGUAUUUGCAGAGUAUUGUCUUCACGUACUGCUCAGGAGUAUAAAGCUCCCGAAACUUUUGCACUUUUUGUUACCUUUAAUUUGAGAUGUGAUUUCACUUUAGGGUUCAAAUGUGCCAUCAUUUGGACAAUCUUUAAUUUUCUCGAGCUCACACUCUUUCAGUUGAUAUUUUGCUGCACUUAAUAUUUAUUUAACUAGAUUUGAAAUCGUUAGCUCGAGUCUGAUGGAUGACCUCUAAUAGAAAUCCUUUUAUUCCCAAUUAGUUAAACAUCCAGCUUUAAAUUAUGAUUUUUUUUUUUUUUAUAUCGCACGCCACCUUUACUGAUGUCCAGAAAAGAACCCAAAUUGUUGGAUUGGGGUGGACGAGCAUUCUGUGCUUUCUGUUUGACGAGAGAUCAGGAGCUUGACUGUCUUGUUGUUCUGUCCAUGUUUAAUAUGUGAAUAUGUUAAAAUAUAUAUAUAAAUAUAUAUAUAUAAAUAUUAUAUGACGCAAAUACUGUUGUAUCAACUGAGAAUAGUUCAAUCUUGUAACUCCUAUUUCAGAAUUUAGUGCCUUUUUUUGGACAGUAGACUGUUCAGUAAUGAAUAUGUAGUAUAAUGUAUGCUUUAUCACUUUUUUAAGACUUUUUUUUAAACUUGUGUUUAUUUUAGUACUGUAUCUUCUAGAGAAUAAAGUCUAAAUCAAUGACAAA